AAAGUCGGAGGGCUUGGAUCUGUCACAGGUUAUUUUAGGAGGAGGCGUCAGCAGUGGUCUGUGCUGAUGGAGCGUAUUUAACCCGACUGGGAGCGUUAACAGCCACAUCAAACCCACAGGCUCAAGUCUUAUGUUCAGGUGCUGAUAAAUAUCAGAGGAGGUUUCUAAGAUGCCAAACUGGGGCGGAGGCACAAAGUGUGCCGCCUGUGAGAAAACGGUUUACCACGCCGAGGAGAUCCAGUGUAACAGCAGGACUUUCCACAAAACCUGCUUCAUCUGCAUGAGCUGCAGAAAAGGGCUGGACAGCACCACGGUCGCAGCACACGACUCUGAGAUUUACUGCAAGUCGUGCUAUGGGAAGAAAUAUGGGCCAAAAGGCUACGGAUAUGGACAAGGAGCUGGAGCUCUGAGCUCUGAUCCUCCAGGACAGGAUGGAGAAUCGCAGCUGCAAAACUCUAAACCUCGACAAGCCUCUUCCAACCCCAACGCCAGCAAGUUCUCGCAGAAGUUCGGCGGCUCGGACCACUGCCCCCGCUGCUCCAAAGCGGUGUACGCAGCUGAGAAGGUGAUGGGAGCAGGAAAGGCCUGGCAUAAAACCUGUUUCCGCUGUGCUCUGUGUGGUAAAAGCCUGGAGUCGACUACAGUGACGGAUAAGGACGGAGAGCUGUACUGUAAAGUUUGCUACGCCAAAAACUUCGGCCCAAAAGGAUUCGGUCUGGGCAACGAGGCCAUGUUGGAGGAACGAGAAUAAACCGGCCGUUCUGCUGAAGCUCGAACCCGAUCACAGCGUAUCAAAGCUGGAAGAUGGAGGAGCACAAAUCAAAUCCUCAGCAACUACAUUAUGAAAAUUAUGUGGGAAAAAUGUAUGCAACACUAAAUAAAACGUUUUGUUACAUUAAAAUUCAUUCUGAAGUGAAAUUUAUAACAAAAGCAUUAAAGUUGGUUUAUUAAUGUGCUAAUAUCACAUUUGGCUACCUGAGGAAAAAAUCUGUAUAUAUUUUUAAAUCAGCUUACAUGAAUUCUGGUAAUGUCACUUCUUUCUUCAACUUGUAAAAACAAAAAGAGUCAUACUUUAAUUUAGAUUUUUAGUAAAACCUUAUUUGAAAAAUAAGAGCAAUCAGUAACAGAGGGAGUAAAUGAAUCACCUCCAAACAAAUUAAAGCAAAAGUCAUAACUUGGUGAUAUGGAUCAAAAUAAAAUUUCUGAUUUGAGUUUCUUUUUCUCGCUUUCUUCUCUAAAACAAUUAGUAAUGACAGAAAAUAUUUUCCAAAAGCAGAUUUUAUUUCAAUCACCCCUUGUGUGAAUUGAAUGACAGUUUUAAGGCCAGGCUACAAGAAUGUUUGUUUAAUUAUGACCAUAAUCAUAAUAUUAGCAGAAUAGAGUCAUUUUUACCAGAAGAAAGUCUUAAAAUUACGAGAAAAAAAGUUUUGUGAUCAAGAUCUGCUACAACCAGCUCAGUUUGAGUGGUUCUUUCUCCUAGUCGUUUCUAAAUCGACUUUAUUCUCAUUUUACUACAUCUGUAUUCUAUUAAUAUUAUGACUUUAUUCUCAUCAUUAAAAAAUGAAAAAAUUUUAGCAUGUUGACCUGAAUUCAGAGUCCAAGUAAACAGAAGUUGCAAAACUCAUAUGCCAAACAAGAUGGCUGCCCUGGCAGUGCUGACAUCACUCUGAACUAUUGGAACCCCAGGAGUGAACUGGUGAAAAGUAAUCCAGAUUUUCCCUAAAUUAAUCUAAAAAAAA